CAAGAAGAAAUUCUCAUAUUGUUUUGAUUUUUCCCUAUAUUCUCGAUAUAAYUUCUCGAUAUUUUCAUGUCUAAAGUGGUCUAACUCCAUGGUUUUGUCAUGGUGAUGUCAGCGAGAAUCCACUGGCUUGUUGUGUGGCUGUUUUUUGCCAGUUUAAGGGGAAUACUGUUAAAGCCUUUGCCACAAGGAACGGUGACUCAAUCGGGUGAGCCGUCACAUUUUCAAGUCGACGACAAGGCAGCUGAAAUUGAAGUCAACGCGAACCCAGCUGGAGUUAAAGUCAAUGCUAAACCAGCUUCUCUUCAAGUGGUGGCCAAACCUGGCACUCCAGCCAUUCCGGUGUACCAUCCGGCAAUUCACGUUGCCCCUCACUAUCUCCCACCUCCGGUAAUACACAGGGAGCCCGCCAUGUUUUAUAAAUAUCAYCACCACUGUCAUCCCUGUUGUUCUCCRAUGUGCUUUGGAAGAAGUCGUGGRUGGUUUUAUGCAGGUUUAAGACGAAAUGCUCUUCCAAAACCWAGCAAAAYUACGYACAACCAAGAWCAUGUGGGAGUAGCAAGAUCCUGGAUCCCCGUGCCGUCAGACAGGGACACUUUAGGWAGAGAGCUGGAUGAUAAUGGUCAUGUGAUWGCUAGAAGUCACAAGUCCUCUAUACCAAGACCUGAUCAAGGACAAAAACACAAGAAAACACACAAAAGGCAGUAUAUUUCUGGAAUUCCWCAGAACCAAGGAAUAAGCAGCUUAGGGACCUCAGGGUACACAGUACAGCCCUUAAGCCCCAUGUUAAAUACCCGUGCACCUUUAGCAAGGAGCAAUCUUCCUUAUGGUGAAAACUCCAUUAGCUCAUAUAAUGCCCUUUCAAAUAUUGAYCCCCUUGGGUCAUUAAAUCAUGGCGGACAAUCUYCAUCACGUAAUCUUGGAAUGUACAGUAGAUAUGSCCCAAUUCAACCAUCAUUUAGGUCCAUUCCAUCAGACCCAUCCGAUUACGUCCUUGGUACACCAUCUGGCUCCAUCAAGAAUAACUUUCUCAAUAACUUCUUGCAAUCAGAAUUUAACCACGAGCUAUAUGGGUCCUCUGCUACUCCCAGCCCGUUGAGGGUCGAGCAAGGCUACAGUAGAUCAAUUCUUCGUGGUCCUUUGGUACAACAACCCACUGAAUAUGGUUCCCUGCUGUCAGGGAAUAGCUUUGGAGCGAUGGGAUAUCAACCUAGCGUCCUUGGUGCCUAUGGGAACUCUGCACAGGGUGGGUUAGUCAGUGGAUAUCAUAACUCACCCAUAAUGCAACUGGCGAGAGCUUAUACAUCACAACCACUACCUUCCAUGAUACCAGGAYUACAACAGUACAGUCAAACAAGAUCUCUGAUGCCACAACUUUCAGGGCUGCAGCAAUAUGGUCAAACAAGAUCUGUYAUGCCUCAACUUCUUCAACAAUACAGCCCACAAACAUCAGUCACGCCUCAGCUCUUUCAACAAUAUAGUCAACAAAGAUCCGUAUUGCCGGAACUAUUGCAGCAGUUCAGCCAAUCAAGAUCUAUCAUGCCACAAAUCAUGCAGCAAUACGGUCAACCAAGAACUAUCAUACCACAGCUAUCGUAUCCCUAUAUAACGGGUACCAACGCAAUGGCAGCGCGAUCUCAAGUCCCAGGCUCUAAGUUACCAGCACAUCAAAAGGACGCAGUAGAAAAAAACCCUAAAUCUGUAACAAUAAYUCCUAAGAAGGCGUCCAACGUUAAAAAAGUAAAAUCAACAGCAACGCAGGCGAAAGUAGCAGACGGUAAAAAUGACAAGAAAACCCGGCAAAAAAGACAGCUUCUUGACAGUGGGYUAGACUUAGAUGCCAUACAAGACGCCCUUGUCAAUGAAUUUAAGAGAGAAAUGAUACUUGGAAGUCCUCAGGCUCAAGAACCACCGCCCAUAGCAGCGCUAGCCAGCCCCCAACCGUCUCUAGGGWUACAGUUACCAGGGAUACAGCCAGUUAUUGGUCAAUCUGGUCAAAGUGACAAUCUUAUGCAACUGGAAGAUCUGGGAGCCAAUUAUGUUGCGCCGGUUCAAAAAUAUAACAUUGGCAACCCCUUGAUGAGAUCACAGGCCCUGACAACMAUGGCGCUUGGAAGGUCUCAAGUAUCUCCUGACCAGAUGGUCAUGAUGCCCCAACAAGUGCAGACCAUUUCAAGGUUACCAGUAGAGGCACAAGCAUCUAUGAUAAGUCAACCCCAAGUACAACAGCCCCAAAUACAACAGAGAUUUUUCCAAAACAAGCCAAAUGGAUUUGUUCAAAAUAGAGGCCAAAAUAGAAAUGAAUAUGUUGGAUUGCCAAUGAAAUUUAAUCAAGACUACAGAAGUCCUAUAGAGUAUGAUGAUCAGCGCCCAAGGCAUUUCAGAAGAGGCAGAMACCCACUUUUCCGAAGACGACUGCAUCAUCGCUACUAUGAUGAUGAUGAUGGUGAUGAUGAGGAUUAUUAUGAUCAUGACGAGCAGCCUUUGUCUCAAGUAUCUCCUGACCAGAUGGUCAUGAUGCCCCAACAAGUGCAGACCAUUUCAAGGUUACCAGUAGAGGCACAAGCAUCUAUGAUAAGUCAACCCCAAGUACAACAGCCCCAAAUACAACAGAGAUUUUUCCAAAACAAGCCAAAUGGAUUUGUUCAAAAUAGAGGCCAAAAUAGAAAUGAAUAUGUUGGAUUGCCAAUGAAAUUUAAUCAAGACUACAGAAGUCCUAUAGAGUAUGAUGAUCAGCGCCCAAGGCAUUUCAGAAGAGGCAGACACCCACUUUUCCGAAGACGACUGCAUCAUCGCUACUAUGAUGAUGAUGAUGGUGAUGAUGAGGAUUAUUAUGAUCAUGACGAGCAGCCUUUGUACCAUGAGCGGUUAGGAAGGGGAAGAAUAACUAUUGGAGGUGAAUAUUCUGAGAACGAGAUGCCCAAUAACGACAGUGAGACCCUAUUGGACACCAAUAAUCAUGGAUUUGGACCAAUCACAGUAGAGGCAAAAACUGCUGAAGGUCUUAAGAAAUCUAUAGGAGAGGACAAAAGAGGGGCAAUUUUAAAGCCAAAAACAAUAGAAAAUGCUACAUCUGAUAGUGAGA